AUGUUCAGCGACAAGAACAGCACUCCUUUGUCCCAGAAGCCAAGCAAGAAGAAAACAAGGCCGCAGGGUCUCCCUUCCCCAGCUCUUUGCUGCGCCUGUGGACUGUGCAUCAUGCUCGCAGGCAUUAACAUCACCCUGGUGGGAGCGUUUGCUUUUGGGACAUUCUUGCCUGUCAACAACCCUCCCAUUGUCAUCGGUCCCAUCCUUUUGGUUGUGGCAUUCACCUUCUUUGGGGCGUGCUGCAUCUGCAGCCGGAGACCUCCUGCUCACGGUGCAAGGAAAUCCAAACCGGGGGCCAAUAUCGGGCUCAUCAAACCUGGGAGCACAGCUUUUGAAAUUGAAACCAGCGAGCACACAGUUCAAGACACCACGGCCGUGCAACUGAGCCCAACCAACUCCCCCAUGUCCUCCAAAAGGUCUACCCCUGUUCACGAGAAUUCAAAGACCUGCAAACUUUUUACAAUGGAUAGCAAUGGGCCGGCGGCCAAAUACAUAGCAGGUGGAGAAUCCAUACAACUGAAUUUGCCCAGAGACAUGGGCAUGUCAUAA